AUGGCGCCACCACGAGAUUUUAUUCCUUCAUAUUUACGAGAUAGUCCAAUUUCCUUGCUAAAUAAAAGAUCAGUAACUUCUAUACCAUUACCUACUCGUUGGAAUCCCCAUGAUCGGGCUCCUUAUGUUUCAGUUUUGGAAGAUGGCGUUAGUCUUGAAUAUAUUGGUACACAAGAAUAUAGGCCAGGAAGGAAUUGGAUAGAUGCAUCUUCGAUCCGAACGGAUUCUCCCGUUCUUCCAGAUGUUGGUUUAUAUUAUUUUGAGAUCAAAGUUAUUGAUAAGGGAGAGCGUGGAUGUAUUGGAAUAGGACUUACCAAAGGACAUAUUCCUCUUGAUCGGAUGCCAGGUGUAGCAUCAAAAGCCAUAUUUGAAGGAGAAAUGUAUCCAAUAGGUGGAAUGAUAAGUCCAAAUGAACCUGCUGCUAAUAAGAUUAAAGAAGAGAAAGCAAAGUCAAGUGAGCAGACAUCUGAAGUUAUCGAGACAGAGAGCCGUGAACAUGUUGAAGAUAAUGGACAAAUUAUAAGUUCUGAACAGGUUGAUGACACUGAACAAAGUCUAUAG